AUACACUGAUUGCUUAGCUGACUUAAGGUCGUGGCAAUUUCAACACCUAUGGUUUCGUCUCCAGUCGAUUUGACAUCUGACUUACAAGUUGCUAGAAAGGCGAUGGAAUCGCCUUGGGUCGAAAAAUAUAGACCCAUUGAAUUAAAAGAUAUCGUGGGGAAUGAGAAUACUAUUUGUCGUCUAUCCGUUUUUGCUCGUGACGGCAACUUACCGAACAUCAUAAUAGCUGGUCCUCCAGGUUGUGGAAAAACCACAAGUAUCUUAUGCUUGGCUCGUACUCUGCUGAAGAGUGCUUAUAAAGAAGCGGUCCUUGAGUUAAAUGCAUCGAACGAAAGGGGUAUCGAAGUAGUAAGAACUAAAAUCAAAAUGUUCGCUCAGAAAAAGGUCAGUCUUCCCGAAGGAAGGCAAAAGAUAAUUAUCCUCGAUGAAGCCGACAGCAUGACUGAAGGUGCUCAACAGGCACUUCGACGGAUCAUGGAGUUAUACUCUCGAACAACUCGUUUUGCAUUGGCUUGUAAUGAUUCCUCAAAGCUCAUCGAACCAAUACAAUCAAGAUGUGCUGUUUUACGUUAUGCUCGUUUAACGUCUGCCCAAGUAAUGGCUAGAUUACUAGAAGUUUCGCGUUUCGAAGGUGUUUCAUAUACAGAAGAAGGUUUGGAAGCCAUUGUGUUCACAGCGGACGGUGACAUGAGACAGGCUCUAAAUAAUCUACAAUCAACUCAUGAAGGCUUUGGGAUGGUCAGUAGCGAUAACGUCUUUAAAGUUUGUGAUGAACCUCACCCAAUGCUUAUUAAACAGUUGAUCGACCAUUGUUCUAAGGGUGAAUUGUCAGCUGCUCACAAGAUCUUGCGUCAUUUAUGGACUUUGGGGUAUUCAGCUGAAGAUAUUAUCACCAUCACUUUUCGAGUAAUAAAGAAUAAUCCAAUGGAAGAGUAUCUCAAAUUGGGAUUUAUAAAAGAAGUUGGCCUCACUCAUUUACGGAUUUCCGAAGGGCUAGGUACAUACCUACAAUUAGCAGGUCUCCUUGCUCGCCUCUGUAAAAUAGUGUUACCAAAAUAAAACUAUUUUUUUAUUAAUGUACUAUUUCCGAAUGCCUAUUUUGUACAGAUAGUGAUUAAAUUGAUGUGCUUCUGUUGGACUCUUCGCACGUCUUAGAUUUUUAUUUUUAUAUUACAGCUAACUGAAAAUGUAUAAAUAUAAAAAACUGGUUAAGUUCAUUCUCUCGUCUAAUAUCUGUUGCUAAAAAUAAGAAAAAUAAAUGAUACCUAUGUAA